CCAUUGCUUAAAGGUACACAUGAAAAUAAAAAUGGCAGCCGCCGUGGGUGAAGUCCAUGUGCAAACCAAGUUGUUUACAAAGUUAAGAAAAUUUAAUAUCCCUGAUUCUCCAUUUUCACUUCCUGUUGCAUCUGGCUGUACUGAGCUUAAUUCUUUACUAAAGGGGAUUUUAAGUGAGGAAGAAAAAUCGGAACAUGUAAAGUUUGACUUUUUGAUUAAUGGGGAGUUUCUAAGGUCGACUAUUCAGGAAUAUAUCACAAGAAGUGACGUAUCGACGGAGUCUGUUAUUGAAAUAGAAUACAUAUUGAAAGAAGAUUCACCUAAGCUUGAGCAGUCCCUGAUUCAUGAUGACUGGAUUAGUGGCCUUGAUAUUUCAAAUCAAUUUAUAAUCUCUGGUUCCUAUGACAACACUGUGAACAUCUGGACAUUGAACGGAACCUGUUUGAUUUCAUUAGAAGGGCAUACUAUGGCAGUUAAAAGUGUAUCAUGGCUGUCAACAAAGCAAGAUGAUAUGAAAUUUCUUUCAACAUCACAGGAUCAAACUAUUUUAAUAUGGAAUUUUAACUCUUUUGACAAGAAAAGUGAAUGUAUUCAUAUUUGUCGAGGUCAUGCAGGAAGUGUUGAUUGCCUUGCUGUACAGCCAUCUGGAGAAAAGUUUGCAAGUGGUUCUUGGGAUAAAAUUAUUAAAAUAUGGGAUGUAAAUUCCACUAACGAUGGCAAUGAUGAAGAUUUUGAAGAUGCAGUUAAGAAAAAUCGAUUGAGUGACAGUGAAAGAAAAAUUACCAACAUGCUUCCUUUGUUAUCUUUAUCUGGUCACAAAGAAGCUGUAUCAACCUUAUGCUGGCCUCAUAACAAUGAAUUAAUCAGUGCAGGUUGGGAUCAUUGCAUUCGUUUAUGGGAUAUUGAAAGUUCUUCAAACAAACACACCCUUACUGGUAAUAAAGUUAUUUUGGACAUUGCUUUUUCUGUACACACUCAACUGUUAGCUUCUGGAAGCACUGAUAAGCAUGUUAGAUUGUGGGAUACACGUACUCGUGAGGGAACUGUUGUACGAACGUUACUUUCCUCACAUAAUGGUUGGGUGUCAUCAGUUGACUGGUCACCCACUGAUGCAAAUAAGCUAAUUAGUGGCUCUUAUGAUAACACAAUCAAGAUGUGGGACAUCAGAAACAUUACCUCACCAUUAUACAACUUGGAAAAUCAUUUAGAUAAAGUUUUGUGUACAUGCUGGAAAGAACAAGAUGUAAUUUUGAGUGGUGGUGUGGAUUGUAAUGUUCAUAUUUAUAAGCAGCAGCCAAAAUCACCAUUGACGUCUGAAGAAUGACAAAAACCAAUGUAAAUAUCGAAGUUAACUGUUUUUACAAAAGAAAGUUUCCAAACAA